UUAAUUCUCAUUUUACUUGACCUAUGAGCAACAUUUGAGACAGUGGGUCACUCCCUUAUUCUUGAAACACUUCCUUCCCUUGGUUUUGCAGAUCUAAACUUUCCUACUUUUCCAUUUACUUCAUCUACUUCAUGGAUGAUUCCUUCUCAGUCUUCUUUGUCGGAUCCUCUUCACCUACCAAACUUAACCUGGUGCAUUGUUAGAAGAAACCCUACUGAGUAAGAGCAAAUUAUUCUUUUAGCAGACUGCUUUUACUUUCCAAUAUUUAAACAUUUUGUUUAUCCUUUUAAAUGAAAAUGAUUUAAAAAGCGCAGCUCUCAAGCUAGCAAUAGAGAUACCAACCCAGGAAUCUCCGCACCACCCGCAACAGAGAGCAGCGUCUGAUGCCUUCCGGAAACAAACUCCACUGGCCUUAUGGGAAAUGUGGUCUCCUACGGAUAGUCUACACCCGGGAGGAGCCUAGGAACUCUAGGUGGACAGUUACUUCCGCACACGCGCAGUAGGGCGGUAAGCGGUAUUCAAUCUUCAAAUCGGCUCUGCGAGAAGCGCCGGCGGGGGCUGCUCCCCCAGUCUCUGGACUAUGCUGUGACUAAUCCCACGCUUGGAGCCGUAGCUGCGAGCGAGGCAGUGAAAGGGUGGCAGGUAUGGCUUUGCUGGACUCGGAGGACGUAAGAGAAAGGCGGGGACUGGCUUCUGUCUACCCUACCGAAGAUAAAACUUUACAGUCUCCAAGUGCUGUGACUUCAGGUUUGGAUAUGUGGGUCCCGUUCAACUCGAGUAGCUGAGAGAAAGCAAGAGUUGGGCACCGAGAGGCACUGACUGGGUAGAUGCAUUCUUGCUCUUGUAGCUCAAGGUCACUGUGUAGGAGUCUGUUCAUCUAACUGUACCUUUCUUGGUUCCAAGAGCAUAGUUGGCCCGACCGGAGCAAUUUUAAGCCAUUUCAAGGGAUCCAGUGGAAACUGUAAGCCAUUUCAAGGGAUCCAGGAAGAAAGCAUUCUUGAGAAACUGCUGUGCAUUUGAAGGGUAUUCUCAGCAAUCAUUUGAAGUAAAUGUUAUCAUCAUUUUGCAUAUGAAUUAACUGAAAGGUGAAAUUACUUGCCUGGACUGACAGCUUAGUAAGUGGAAGAACUGAGAUUCAAACUCAGAUACAUUUUCUCCAAAUUUCAUUCUUUUUUUUACAGUAUAGCCUUCCUGCAUAAAACAGAGUUGGGUUUAUUCUCCUGAAAUAUUUGAGCAAUGAAUGCUGAGUAAAUUUCGAUUUGUGGUCAUUUUGUAGAGUCACUUGGUGUAUCUGCAGAUCUUCCAGUGCACACUGUGUAAAUGAAGAUGUGAGUUGCCAGUUUGCCCAUUUUACCCUUUCUAGAGCCCCAGCAGUCGAAGCUCAUAGGAGAUGGUGAGUUCCUAGAGAGAGAAACAUUUGGAGUUUAAACAGAAGGAUGCAGCUUAAAAAAAAAAAAAGUAUUCCUGGGUCCCUGACUCCAUCCUUCUCAAGAAAGCCCAACCUAAUUUGCAAUCUCUUAUCCCAGCUGCAGAGCAGAAACCAGAGAAUGACAGAAAGGAAUCAUUUCUAGACUUAUGGAACUUCAGAGACCAGGCUUUUAAGUUAGUCUUUCCAUUCAUUUCAUUAUUUCUUCAGGAUAAAUUUCUGGGAGGAAAAAAAAUAACUGUUUCACGAGGAACAACUUGGUGUUAGAUCGGUAGGACAGAAACAUAGCAUCCUUAUCUAAGCUCCAUAUAUUCCUAACAAUCACAAGUAGAGAUCUGUGCUUAUGGAACAUGCACUUUUCUGACUUGCAAGAAAUGUCAUUUUUCCCCACUAGGUGGCAGUUUCUGAGGCUGCAGUGUGGGUACUUAUGGUCUGAUAGAGCAGGGUUCUACUUGCAUGCAGUCCUGGUAUCUCAGGUCUUUCUGUUCUCUUUCCCAUUUCUGCUUUCAUAGAUUUCUGUCUAAGAGCUGCAGAAAAUGAUCAACUUCCAGUUCUCUAAUGAUGCACACUUUAGUGUGAAGAUGAAUGUGCUGUUACAGGAAUCAGUGACAUUCCAGGAUGUGGCUGUGGAUUUCACCCCAGAGGAGUGGCAGCUGCUUGAUUGUGCUGAGAGAACCCUGUAUUGGGAUGUGAUGUUGGAGAACUAUAGAAACCUCAUCUCAGUGGAAUCUGACUGCCCUCUUGUUGAUGAACCAGGGAAGUGUUGGGAAAGCAAAGACAAUUUUUUGAAGUCAGUUUUGCUCACGUUCAAUAAACUUUUGACUAUGGAGAGAAUCCACCAUUAUAAUAUGAGCACAAGUUUUAAUCCAAUGGAAAAAAAAUUAUAUAAAUCAUCUGAGAAGCAUUUGCCACCUAAUUUAGACUUACUUAAUUAUAAUAGAAGUUAUACUGGAGAAAACACUUAUGAAUGCAGGGAAUGUGGGAAAGCUUUCAAAAAGAAGUUUCAUUUCAUUAGACAUGAAAAAAAUCAUACAAGGAAAAAACCUUUUGAAUGCAAUGACUGUGGGAAAGCCUACAGCAGGAAGGCACACCUUGCAACUCAUCAGAAAAUUCAUAAUGGAGAGAGACCCUUUGUGUGCAAUGAUUGUGGGAAGGCGUUUACACAUAAAGCCCAACUCAUGGUCCACCACAGACUUCACACUGGAGAGAAACCUUAUGAGUGCAGUCAAUGUGGGAAAACAUUCACCUGGAACUCCUCAUUUAAUCAACAUGUGAAAUCUCACACACUUGAGAACUCAUUUGAAUGUAAGGAAUGUGGGAAAACCUUCAGGUAUAGUUCAUCCCUUUACAAACAUUCCAGAUUUCAUACCGGAGAGAAACCCUACCAAUGUAUCAUAUGUGGCAAAGCCUUUGGCAACACAUCUGUGCUUGUUACACAUCAAAGAAUUCAUACAGGAGAGAAACCUUAUGGAUGUAUUGAAUGUGGCAAAGCCUUCAUCAAGAAGUCUCAUCUCCUCAGACAUCAGAUAACUCAUACAGGGGAGAAGCCCUAUGAAUGUAACAGAUGUGGGAAAGCAUUUUCUCAGAAGUCAAAUCUUAUCGUACAUCAGAAAAUUCAUACAUAAUAUUCAUUUUAUGAACAUGAGAAGGCCUUAUGAAAUAUUUGCUAAAUCUUAUUAAAUACUAAAGAAUUCAUGGUAAGGAGACAUCUACAAUUUAAAUGAAUUUGUAAGAGUAGAUUCCCUUAAAAAACAAUGCCAAUCAUGUUCUGGAAGUGAUAAUAAACUUUUUACAGAAAAUAUUACAGAAAACAACUAUAAAUAAUAGAGCUUAAAGCUUGGAAAGUAAGCAUAACUUAAAUAAUCUAAGAGCCAGUGAAAACUACAUUUACCAUUCCUGACUUUUACUUUUUAUAAUAAAAUAAUUCUGCAAGUGAGUAUAAAAUACAUGCCUAUACGUUAUAUUAAAUUAUGCCUAUUAAGAGUUUCUGCAGUAAAUAACACAUUUUUCCUUCCAGUGUUAACAUGCAUAAUUAAUCAAGAAAAUGUGGUUUAAUAUGUAGUAUGAAUUUCAGUAAUAUUUCCAUCCAUUUGCUGGCACUCUUAAUGGGCAUGACAAUGUUACUGAAUCUGAGUCUCCUUUAAUGGCACAACUGAAGACUUCUUAUUAAAAUUCAUAAAGAUAUGUUCCUGUGUAUGUAAAUACCAGAACAAAAACUUUAACAAGACACUAAUCGAGGAGAGAAAGGCACUCGUAUUCUGUAUUACAAUAAGUAUUCAGUUGAGGAAAAGAAUUAUUUAAAUAUGUAAAUAAAUAAUUUGCACUUCAAAUA